GCUUGGGUCUAACUUGUAUGCACUUCCGAUCAAUAAAUGAAUGUGUCUGCAAGUUGGAGAAGUAAAUUUUAGAUGGAAUCUUACGCAGAUGUGAUAGCUAACCAGCCCGUUGUGAUAGACAAUGGUUCUGGAGUUAUCAAGGCAGGUUUUGCAGGUGACCAAGUACCUAAAUACCACUUUCCAAACUUUGUUGGAAGGCCCAAACAUGUGAGGGUUAUGGCAGGGGCACUGGAAGGAGAUGUCUUCCUUGGUCCAGAGGCAGAGGAGCAUAGAGGGCUUCUAACUAUAAGAUAUCCAAUGGAGCAUGGAAUUGUAAAGGACUGGAAUGACAUGGAGAGAAUCUGGCAGUACAUUUAUUCCAAAGACCAACUACAAACCUUUUCAGAAGAGCAUCCUGUGCUGCUAACAGAAGCUCCACUGAAUCCAAGAAGAAACCGAGAAAAAGCAGCCGAAAUCUUUUUCGAGACUUUUAAUGUACCAGCAUUAUAUAUGUCAAUGCAAGCUGUGCUUAGUUUAUAUGCCACAGGGAAAACCACAGGUGUGGUACUUGAUUCGGGGGACGGUGUGACGCAUGCUGUACCAAUAUACGAGGGUUUUGCCAUGCCCCAUAGCAUAAUGAGGUCGGACGUAGCAGGACGAGAUGUCACUCGAUACCUACGACUUCUUCUUAGGAAGGAGGGGUACAACUUCCACACUUCUGCUGAACUGGAAAUCGUAAGGACCAUCAAAGAGAGAGCCUGUUAUUUAUCUGAUAACCCCUUGAAAGAGGAGACAGUGGAGGGAGAAAAAUCACAGUACACUCUGCCUGACGGUAGUGUUAUAGAGAUUGGUCCAGCAAAGUUUCGAGCACCAGAAGUUCUAUUUCGUCCAGAUUUAAUUGGAGAAGAGUAUGAAGGUAUACAUGAAGUGCUCGCCUACUCCAUCAGAAAGUCAGACAUGGAUCUACGCCGUAUGCUCUUCUCUAAUGUGGUCCUUUCUGGAGGAUCAACACUCUUCAAAAGAUUUGGUGAUAGACUGUUAAGUGAACUGAAGAAAUUAGCACCCAAAGAUAUCAAAAUAAGGAUAUCUGCACCACAAGAAAGAUUAUACUCAACUUGGAUAGGUGGGUCAAUUUUAGCUUCUCUUGACACAUUUAAAAAGAUGUGGGUAUCAAAGCGAGAAUACAAUGAGGAAGGGUUGAAAGCCAUUCACAGGAAAACAUUCUAAUACAGCAUACGACUAGAGACUGAAUUAUUUAUGAUCAACUUACAUCCAAGGGACAAAUAAUGCUGGCAGGGGGAGUGGGAAAAGAACAAGUGCUUUUUUUUUUUUUUUUACCUUUUUAAAGUGGUAUAUGCAUUGGUGUAUACAAUUAAUUUGCAGCAGUUGUAUUGUAAUGUUUUACGGUUGAAGAGCCCCAUUUAUUUGUUAGUGCUGGUAUGAUGUAUUCUUGCCCUUAUACACUAAACUUAAGGUGCAUUCCAAUAUACUAGCAUCAUUCAGUUGGCCAACCGGUCUUCCAUGGUUCACGUAAAUAAAAUUAUGUUCACACGCACACAUUCUCUCUCUGUGCAAGAAUGCUUUAAGUAGUCAUGUAUGUCUUGUUUUUUGACUUUGUGCGAUGUUUUUGUUACAAGGGUUGUCUUUAAAUUACAAAAAAAUGACAUUUUUAUUUUGCUUGAAAUCGUCAUAGAAUUAUCAGUAGUAAUUUAUGAAUACUGGUAUUCAUUCUAAAACAAGAACUGUAGCUGUAGCUAUAUAAGAAUAUCUUGUCAAAGGGAAGCUCAACUUUCUAUUCUCUCUUUUUACCAGUAAAUUCCAUUAUUUGUUCAUAAUUCAAUUACAAGGUACAACAUCGUGUAGGAGAUAUGGGGCUUUCUAAUGUAAUGAAAUUCACACACCUGGGUGCUUUGUGUGUUCAGUUUUUAAUUGCUUUUGUAUUUCGUGCGUGCACACUUCAUACAUGUAUGCUAUUUCACAUGGCCUCAACUACUACCAAUUUAAUGACACCAUGUUUUGGGGGAAAAUAGGUUAUUUUCAAGUACUGGUUUUGUCUCCAUAGAAAUAAGCCAAUGACGAAAUUAGGUAUAAAGGAAUUUCUUUGUUGGAAUAUGAAUCUUUAAAUUAUGAAAUAUUGUUCAGACUUCUCACAGUGUAAUUAUUCACAAUAUGAUUUCAUAGAGAAGCAGGCCAGUACUUGGUCCUUAUAUUGAACCUUUGGGAGACUGGGGUGACAUUAAGUCCAAUAGAGGUCACAUGGUUGUUUUGGUGACUCUCCACACACAAAGAAGUGCAAUAACUAUUAUACAGGAUAUGUCCAUUGUGGAUAACAUAGUCAGGCUUUUUAUGAGAAUUUGAUAUUUUGUAUGGAUAAAUCAUGGGUGAAUUGUAAAGAUGCUUACACAAGUAUUAAACAAGCAAGAAAACACAAUUAACAACUGGUAUUUGUAUUUAGUUAACAUUCAACAAUAUUUUUUAAAUUAUAUACAAGACCAAAACAAUUGUGAAUUUUGAAAGAGAAAUAGAGAUGUAGAAUUUUUUAUUUUAAUGCAUUUUUUUCAUAUCUUGUAGAUUGGUACAAAUUUGGUAUCUAAAAAUCAUAGAAAUAAUAAUAAUAAAUGUACAUGUAUAUAAGACAACCAAAUGAAUAAAUCUUGUUUCAAAUCA